CUUCCUGGUCCAGCAUAUGUCAUUUUGCCUGCGCGGGGUACGUUACACAACCAGCCCGUCAUGCAAAAUAGAAACACGUGUCGAUAGGCGGUGCUGAAAGAUACAGGUUCACUGAGCAACAAAGACCGGCCAACACCGCAUAGGAGAGGAAAACAAAAACAGCUGUGUUGAAGGUUAUUCUGCCGAUUUUUAUCCCAAAACCUGUCGCUUUGAUCAUGAAAUUCAUUCGGCGAUGAGAGGUACGGAUUCAACAUGUGUUUGCCUUACAGAGAGGACAAUGAUACGAACAUGAUCAGCGCCGAUGGCUUCUCAAAAUGCGAGGCGACUCUGCAAGAGAGAGGCAGGAGGAGGCCACCCGCAGAGAUGCUCCAUCUGCUGUCAGCUGUCAUUGUUUGGCUGGUGACGGGAACUACCAUCUCCAGCCUCAACAAAUGGAUAUUUGCCGUUUACAACUUCAGGUACCCUCUGCUACUGUCGGCGCUGCACAUGCUGACAGCCAUAGUGGUGGACUAUGGGCUGAUCAAACUGCGGGUGAUCCGCCACAGAGGGGUUGGAGAGCAGGACCUGACCCCCAGCGCAAAAUGUAAGGUGUUCCUGUUGAGUCUGACAUUUUGUGCCAGUAUCGCCUUCGGGAACAUGGGUCUGAACUAUGUCCAGCUGUCAUUUGCACAAAUGAUCUAUACCACCACUCCACUCUUUACACUGGCCAUCUCCACGCUGAUACUGGGCAAGCAGCAUCACAUCCUCAAGUACACAGCCAUGAUGCCUAUCUGCCUGGGAGCCUCCUUCAGCAUCAUGGGGGAGGUCCAGUUCGAUCAGACCGGCUGCUUCUUUGUGUUUGCUGCCACCAUGCUGAGGGGUGUCAAGUCCAUUCAGCAGAGCAUCUUACUACAGGAGGAGAAAAUCAACUCUGUGUUCCUGCUCUACCUGAUGUCCAUUCCUAGCUUCUGCAUCUUAACUGUGGCAGCUCUGGCCUUAGAAAACUGGGCUUUACUGGAGUCGCCACUGCAUUACGACCGGCACCUGUGGGUCUUCAUCUUGCUCAGCUGCCUGGGCUCAGUCAUGUACAACUUGGCCAGCUGCUGCGUCAUCACGCUCACCUCGGCCGUUACUCUGCAUAUCCUCGGCAACCUCAGUGUGGUGGGAAACCUGCUGUUGUCUCAGCUUCUUUUCGGCAGCGAACUGUCCGCCCUCAGCUGCGUCGGAGCAGUGCUGACACUGUCUGGCAUGCUCAUCUAUCAGAACUCAGAGUUCAUUGUGAGCUACCUGGACGCUCGCAGGGCCAAAGCUAAAGGAUCCAGACAGGUGGAUUUUCAGACUGCAUGUGGAGAGGACUUGGCCAAAGCUAGUGCAUCUGAACCAACAUAUCAUCAGCAGAGAACAGAUGGCAAAGAGGAAGACAAGAUAGACUGAAAUGAAUGGAUGAAGGAGAGAAUAAAAUGCUGAAGGAAAAAAAUGCUAAAACCCUUUGAAACUUUACUUCUCUACCCUUUGUGUCAAUAAGUGGGCAAGAGCAGCAGAGGCAGUGUGACCUUAUAAGGCCAUCGUCACUAAUGAUGUGAGAAAUCUUUUUUUUUUUUAUUAUUAUUUUAAUUUUUUUUUAACUUCCUCACUGUGCCAGUUUAUUUCUUCUCUGGUCACACAGAACUGGAGUCUUCAGAGAGGAAAAGGUUGCCUUUAUUUAUGACAGUGAUGGUUAAAUUCUCUCCUUCAUCUGUAAAUCGCUCAUACAUAGCCUAUAUCGGUAUAUGCAUGCACGAGCACACUAAGCUGUUUGAUACCUCAUGAGGUAUUCACACUGUCACUCAUACUACUCCACUGUGAAAAUGUUCUCAUUAACAGAGGGCUCUAAUCGAUGUUUUGGGUGGCAGUCGGGGAUUUUGUUGGCUGCAAACGGGGGCGAGGCUUAGAGCACACUCUGCCUCAAAUUUGAACGGGCACAAUUUGUAUUACAAAUAUAUAUUAAUGGUACUGUUACCUGACAUUCACCUGGCCCUGUCAUGGUGAGGGACUGGGUUUUUUUGGCAGCUUGUUUUUUUUUUGUUUGUUUUUUGUUGUUGUUUGUAUGUGAAGCAGGAAGCUUGUUGAAUAAUGACACUGAAGUUGUUUAGAGGCAGAAGUUACAAGAAUGGACUACGCCAACAUUUCUGUGCAAUGAAACGUCUCUUUCUCCUCUACUGAAGCACAUUUUUAAUAAGAGGCCUGAGCUCUGUGUUUUUUCCUUCCCUAUGAACCUCGAAAUGGCCUCCCACUUAAGGCCUAGAUUUUUGUUCUCAUACCAGCUUGAGAGGAUGGUCUCUCUGUAGAAUUAGUCCAAUUAUUUCCAUCUUUCACAACAGUACGCUCACUGCAGCAUACCUCGAUAAUUAGGUUCACAAGUUCUCUAAGGAGUGUCACUCAACUUUAGCUGUCUUUUCCCUGUGGAAGAUGAGGAAAAUGAAAACUGAGUUGUUACCAAUGUCAUCUGUUGGGUUUAAUUUCUCCCUUUUUCUGGGUGACAUUUUUAUAAAGUUGGUUAACUAGCACAUCUUACAAAACCGACUCCUGCUGGACAGUUUUAUGUUUUCUCUCAGUAUUUCUCAGUAUGCUUUUAUUUCGUGACAAAACAUAUUUUAUCCCCCUUUUCACUAUUUAUGUGGAAGAGAAUAUUUAUUUUUCAAUGUCCAUAGCAAUUAUUGUUGGCUUUGUAAUGCUGUAGGUUUUGGUCCUCAAGUGUCUUGCACAUGCAUACAUGUAACAUUGGACAGCACUAGUUUCUCCUGUGACUCUCUCUUUAGAGAAAAGCCAGGUACACCAAGCGGAGCGCUGCAUGCCGCUGCUCUUCCUGGAAGCAUUUUAAAUGCUUGAGGAUGUCUGUUACACUCCCUCCUGUGUGUAUGGUAAGCUAGAUGUUUACUUUGAAAUCUUUUUUAGGCACACUGUGUUGUAAUACUGGUUCUGUCAGUGACCAGACAUGAUCAUCGCUCACGUACAGUUUGAGCUCUCACGCAGCGACACAACAACAAAGCCAUACAUCAAGGGGUUUUUAAAUUUUUGAUUUUUUAUUUUAAGACACCUAUCAUAUCUUCUGCAUAUUUUGCCACAAGAAUAACUUCAGACAGGAUUGUAUAUUGAAAGAUUUCAGUUGAUAUAUCAUAGAUUCAAUAUUUCAAGGGUGCCAUUCAUAAAAUUAUAUUGUUCUGAGCAUCAUUUCAUAUUAAGAAUUAAUAUAUUAUGAACCUAAGAUACUAAUCAUAGACUCCCAGUCAGUUGAAAAGAGUGCAUGAAAUAUAAGAAACGGUUUAAUUUUGCAUUUUGAUAAUUGGCUUUGCUGGCUCAUUAUUUCCAAAUGCCCUCGGUUAGCCGUUUAAAGAUUUUGUAUAGCAGAUUAUUUCACUGGGUUCACAUGAUGGAAUACCUCAACUGUUAAAUGGGACUUAGUAUGUCCCCGUGUUCAUUGAUUAUUAAUUAUUGGAUUAAGAUCAAGCAGCUUUUCAGUAACCACACUAAAACUACGACAUGUGAAUGAUAGAUUUUAUCCUUUCAGUAGCGUCACAGAUUAUCAUACUCAUAUUAUCAUAUUGACCUACUCAGUCGUCAUUUUUUAGUUUUAUACUCUCAGUUAAGCAGAUUAGGAGUGUGGGGCAAAGCAACAGUUGCACUGACAGGGUACGAAGACGCUGUCUUCAAAGCCUACGGUUCCUGUGUACAUACUGGUUUUGAUUGUUUGCAAAGCUAGUUGGAUGUAAAUAGUUAUUUUAUUAUAUUUAUGUAUUUUAUAGUCCUAUAUGGCUGGCUUAAACUGUACUGGUUUAAGAAUGAAAUGUUUGCCUCAUGCCUUAUUUGGACACAUUGUUGAAGAGAAAGGAGUGAUUUGAUUUGUCAUUUCUGUUCAGUAAUACUUCGAAUGCCAGCUGCAGCCAUAUGGGUGCUUCUGUUUAGAGGCAAAGGUAUGGCAGAUUCAUAUACACAUGGUCUGCAAUUGCUUGAAUAAAAAACUGACUGGUACAAUAAAAAAUAACAAACCAACCACCUCAUCACUGAGUCAGAGUUGUUGCCUACAUCAGAUUAUAUAAGCAGAAGCUUUUAUCCAAAGUGACUUACAAGUGAGGAAGGACACUCAGGCUAAGGCCUAAAUCUGUUCAAUAAGAGAAUGUUCAAAGAGAUCAGGUAAAGAAGUGCACAGUAAGCGCAAUUAUUUGGGUGUUAUAGGAGACGAGAUGCUCUCGGAAAAGAUUAGUCUCCAAGACACUCUUGAGGACAGAGAGAGAACGCCCCUGUUCUGAUAGCAUUUGAUAGUUUGUUCCAAAAACUGGAACAUCCUGGACUGACAUUGUCUUGUGUGUAGGGAUAGCAAUGCUGUGGACAUUCCUUAGAGGAC